UUCUUCUGAUGAUUAAACCAAUCGAUCUGAGAAGACUAAUAUUAAAGAUUGAUCGGGGCAAAGUGACGCCGGGUCCAGCCGCUUCUAAGUCUUCGCCGGGAGCAUUGCCGGUGGCCGAAGAUCAAGGGAUCCAAUCAGCGAAUUGGAGAAUCUGUGGGCGAGAAAUUGAAUAAAUUACAGGAUGGGGUUUUUUGUGACAACCCUAAUUUUUGUUGCGAUUGGCGUUAUUGCAUCUCUCUGCGCCAGAAUUUGCUGUAACAGGGGUCCCUCGGCAAAUCUGUUGCACCUGACGUUGAUAAUUACUGCAACAGUAUGCUGUUGGCUGAUGUGGGCUAUCGUAUAUAUAGCACAGAUGAAACCACUUAUUGUUCCUAUUUUAAGCGAAGAGUAAGAUGCUAAGACACGGGGCAAGGCCAAAUUCUCUUGUCGACCAACGUGAUGAAUAUGGUGGAAGGGGUUUAAAUGACCAUAUUCUUUGCUAUUACGUAUGAAGCAGCAAGAUCUUUCUUGCGUCAGGCCCAUAUGUAUUUUUAUUAUUGGUGCAAACACCCUAUAUUCAUUUUCAUAGCUUGUGCAACUUUUUUUCCUAUUGUAAUAGCUUUGAGAUUCUUGUGAACAGAGAGAUGUGAAACAUGUAUUUUGGAAAUUAUAAUGGCUGGAAUAUGUUGAUUCGCGCGUUGCACGAGCAAUAAAGUUAAACGACGCAGGAACUUCAAGCCGUUCACUUUUAA